AUGGAAGAAAAAUUUAGUAAUGAGUUUGUGGCCGAUGUAGAAAACAUAACCAAAAUAAAAGAAUAUUUGAAUCAAGGGGAUAUAGGAUUUGAAAAUGAAGAUUUAAAAAAAGAGAGAGAAAAAAUAAGGAGUAAUGAUGUAUUCAUAGAAUGUGUAAAGAAUAUAUGGAUGAAUAUUUUGAAUAAAAAAUUAAACGAUAAAUUUAGUAAAAUAGAAUAUUUUAAAGUUAUGCUAAGAAUAUGUAAAGUUUUAAUUCCACAAUUUGAAAUAAAACAAGUCAUCAAAAUUAUAAACGAUGAAUGGAAUAAUGAUUCAAAAGGGAAAAAAUAUUUAAACUUUGAUUCUUUUUUUAAUACUUUUUUUGAAUUAGCUGAUAUAUGGACUCCAACUAUAAAUGCUCAUGAUUAUGCAUUUUUUUUAAAGUCUUUAUUUUAUAGAAUUACAUUUAUUCAAAUUAAAAAUAAAAAUGGAGAAAUUACAAAAAAAAAACCUGUUAUUAUAAUUAAUUUUAAAAGAAAUAUAGGUGUUGGAGAUAAUAAAAAGUUGUCUAUAUUUGAUAACGCAGUAAAUAAAACUACAUCUAGUAGUGAUCCUAUUCAAACUGAAUCAAAGGAUAAUAAAUUUGAAAGUAAUACAGUGAGUAAUAUCAAAACUCUAAAAAAUAUAAUUAAUGAAUCAGAGCAAAUAAAAACAAAUACUAUUCAAAAUAAUAAUAAUACACACGAAUCUUUUGAAAGCUAUAACGAAGAUGAAAAUGAAGAAUCAGCUAAAAAAUUAUUUGAAAUCUUGUUAAAUAAUAAAGAAAAAGAUCCGAAAAUUCAAAGAAGUAUAUUACUCCUUGAUGUCAAUGAAAUUUGUCCUUUAGAGCCUCUAGGGGAUAAUAUUGAUGAAGAUAAUAAUACAUAUAUCCAAGGAAUAAGUAUACUGGAUGAAUUAUCCUCUAAAAUGCCAAUUACAAGAAAAAUAUAUCAUGAUUUUGAAAAAAAUAAGCAAAACAGAGAAAGUAUUUCGAAAGAUAAUAGUGGUGUAAAAAAAUUUAAUGAAUUCCAAAUAAAACAAAAUCAAUUACAUUCCAGUAACGCUAAGGUAGAAUAUAAAAGAAACGUUUUUAGUUCAACUAUUGAAAAUAAUAAAUUUGAUUCAAAAAAAGAAGUGGAUAAAAACAGAAGAAAAACAGAUGGGUCGAUAAUAAGCAUGCUUUCAAAAUUAAAAUUUAUUGGAGGCAAAAAUAAAACACAAAAUAAAAUUGAUCAAAUUAACGAAGAUAAAAAAUCAAAAGGUAAAUAUAAAGAUGAGCAAUGUUAUGAUUCAAAUGUGGUAACUACAACGGAAAUUGGAAAACUAUCAAACGAAGGCUCACUUCUUAUUGACGGAAUUAAUUUGGACGAAUUUACAAAAGAAUGCAAGAUAGAGGGUUCUAAUAAUUAUGAUACUGAAGAAUUUGAUGAAGACGUGCCAAGUAAAAUUAUUAAUGAGUCAGAUAAAAUUAUUAAUGAGUCAGAUAAAAUUAGGAAUGAGUCAGCGCAACUCUUAUCGAAAACUGGUAAAAAUGUUUCAACAUAUUUAGUGGAUGACUUAGAAAGGCGCACAAACUUUAGUAAUGACAAAAGUGAAAUUGUAGAAAGCAAAAAUAAAGAUAAAAAAACAGAAAUAUGUUAUUAUAGAAAAGACGAUCCAAAAAACACUGAAAAAGAAAAGGUUAUGGAAAAUUAUUCGAGUUUAAGUGGAGUAGACAUGGUGAAGACAACAAACAUGGAUAGAUCUUUGGAUGCGGAAGGAGAAAUAAAAGAAAGUUAUAAAAGUGAAUUUGAGAUAAACAAUAUAAAUAAAGAAAUAAAUGAAUUUAAUCGGGAAUAUAAAAAUAAUAAGAUAAAUGGGAACAAUAAGGAAAGCGAAGAAAUUGAUUAUUUAGAUGAGGAAUACAUAAAUGUACUAAAAGAAAACUUGAAAGAAAAAGAUUGUAUAGAAAUAAAAAAUGAUAAUAUAAAUAAUAAUAACAAUGCUAUAGAUAAUGUUAAAUUAGAUGAUAAAAAAAUGAAUCGGUUAUCAAAUGAAAAUAUUUCUAACGAACAUGAUGAUAUGCUUAAAACUAAAAAUUAUUUAGAAAAUGAGAAAAGGAUAUUAGAAGAAUUAGAAAAAAAAGAAAAACGGAAAAAAAUGAAAUUAUCCAAAAAUAAUUAUAAUAGUUUAGAUGGACUAAUUAACGAUAGUAAAAUAAAUUUAGAAGGAAAUUAUAGUACAAAUGAUGAUUCAUUAAAUUUUAUGAGUAAUAAAACGAAUGCAGAUAAUAAACAAAAUGAUAAUUCGUUUGAAAUUAAAAAUAUACAUCUUUAUAGCGAAUUGAGAAAAUCCUCUAAAUCUGGAGUGAAUGAAAUAGCUAUGAAAAGUAUCAAAGAUUCGAUAAUAAAUUCUGACCUUGAACGAAACAAAGAUGUGAUAAGCAGUUCUGAAAUGGAUGGUUGCGAUUCUAAAGACCACAGUAAAUAUGAGAGAAGAGCAUCGAGUUAUGAUAAAGAAGAACAAAAGGAAAAUGAGAUUAAACAGGAAAAUGAGGUUAAACAGGAAAAUGAGGUUAAACAGGAAAAUGAGGUUAAACAGGAAAAUGAGAUUAAACAGGAAAAUGAGGUUAAACAGGAAAAUGAGGUUAAACAGGAAAAUGAGGUUAAACAGGAAAAUGAGGUUAAACAGGAAAAUGAGGUUAAACAGGAAAAUGAGAUUAAACAGGAAAAUGAGGUUAAACAGGAAAAUGAGGUUAAACAGGAAAAUGAGAUUAAACAGGAAAAUGAGGUUAAACAGGAAAAUGAGGUUAAACAGGAAAAUGAGAUUAAAAGGCAAAAGGAAAUGCUAUUAGAAACAGUCAGAAAAAGUAUAUCUAAUAAUUGCGAAUCGUAUAAGAAAGAUUUAAAUAUGUUCUUAAAUAAAAUUGAGCACAACGAACUCAUGAAAAAUGAAAAAGAUGAAGAAGAAGAAGAAGAAGAAGAAGAAGACGAAGAAGAAGAAAACGAAGAAAUUGAAUGGGAAGGCAACAAAGAAAAUUAUGACAAUAUAAUAAGAAAAUACAUAACUACCAAAAUCCAAAAUGAAAAAAAUGAAUAUGAAACAAAAAAAUUAGAAAAUAAAAAAAAUGAUAUAAUUCAAAAUUUAGAAAUAAAAAAUGUGUAUGGAAAAAAAGAAGAAAACAAUAAUAAUAUAAAUCAAGAGUUUAUUAAAAUGAACGAAAUAUUAAAUGAUGUUAUUAUUAAAAGUGAAAUAGGAUUAAUAGAAAAAGAAAAUGAAAAUUUAUUAUCAGCUCAGGCUGAUCAAAAAAAAGUAAAAGAAUUUCAAAUUGAACUUAAUAAAAUUUCAAAUGAACUUAAUGAAGAAUUUCAAGAUUUAUUAAAAAAUGAAAAAGAAGUUAAAAAAAUUAUAUUUCAAGAUGAUCAAACUGAUGAUACUUUGUUUAAUCAUGAAAAAGAUGUAAUAGCUAGUUCCGAAGAUGUCUAUAAAAAAGAAGAGCAAAUAGAGGAGCAAACGAAUUUAGAUCCCCUUUUUAAAUAUAAAGAAAAUAAUAUAAUUAAUGAUGUGGAAAACAAAUAUAGUAUAAUUAAUGAUGUGGAAAACAAAUAUAGUAUAAUUAAUGAUGUGGAAAACAAAUAUAAUAUAAUUAAUGAUGUGGAAAACGACAAUAAUAUUUAUCCCCUAAAUCAUAUACAAAACAAGUCAGUGCAUGAAGAAGCUCAAAAUAUUUCGAACAGUUAUAUCGACAUUUCAAAGAAACCGUUGAAUAUUGAGAGUUAUGAUAAAGACAUUUCAUUUAAUGAUGAUACAAAUGAACUUAAGUCUGAUCUAGAAAAUAGAACCCGUUAUUAUAGUUUUAAUUCCAAUGGUGAGAGUGAGAAAGUUGUAAAUUUAAAUGAAGAUUCUAAAUCUUUUGAAAGAAUGAAAAACGAAGGAAAAAAAAAUGAAAAAAAUGAUGAAAAACCAAAGUUUGGAAAAAAUAUAUAUAAGGGAUCAGAAAUAAAUGAAGAAUCAAAUGAUCAUAUUAUUAAGGAAAGAAAGAAAAUUGAUGAAAAUAUUUCAAUUUAUGAGAAAAUGUCAAAAAAAGAAAAAUUAAUAGAUGAUAAAGAGUUCACAGGAGACAAUAUAGAAUGCAUAAAACUAUAUCAUAAAACAAAUGAUGAAAGAAAUAAAUUAAAAUAUUUAUUCAUAGAUAAUAUAAAUAAGAUGAGAAAUUUUAUAAAAAUAAAUAAAAGAAGUAAAAAAGAAAAUUUUAUAAUCAUAUCUAAUGGGUCCCCCAAUAUAUAUCGUUUAAUAAAAAGACUAAAGGUUGAAUUUAUUGAACCAUCAAUAAUAUUAAAUAAAAAUAUAAAUACAGAAAAAGAAUUUUUAUCUCCUUUAGGCAAAUUAAUUAAUUUAAAUCUUGAAAAUGGUAGAUUUAUUGAUUUUAAAACAAUAAUGGAUUUAACAUUAGAAUAUAUGAAUACAAUGAUAUCAAAGAAUAAUGGUUAUGUUUUAUAUUUAAAUAAAAAUUUUAUACAUUUUACAGAAUAUUUGUUAUUAAAAUUAAAAAAUUUAUCUAAUUUAAAUUAUAUUAACUAUAUUAAUUUUUUAAAUAUGAAUUUUUUAAAAAAUGUAUCUAAUCCUACCGAAAUCAAUAUUAGUGAUUUCUUGUUAGAAGAUCAUAAUUUAAUAUUUCCAAAUCCCUUUGAGGAUUCCUUUCCAAUUUUUUGUAUAUUCUUAAACACUCACAAAAUAUCAAGAUGCAAUAAUAUAGAAUCAGAACCCGCUGAAGAAGCAUUUCAACGAUUGUUAACAGCUUUUAAAAAUAAAAAUAUCAAUCCUCAAAAUGUAGUAAACAAAGCUGGAAAAGAAAAGGAAUUAAAUGUUAUAAAUAAAGAAGGACAAAAUGAAAACUCAAACGAUGAAAUAAAAGAAGAAUCUAUAAAAGAUGAAAGUAGCAAUGAUGAAUCUGACGAUGCUUCAAAAAGUUGUGAAGAAAAUGAUGAGAUGAGUGAAAAAGAAGAAGAUAAACAGAGAGACGAAAAUGAAAAAGACAAUAAAAGUGAUGAAGAUAACGAACUUGAACAUGAACAAAAAAAAAAAGAGAUCAAUGAUGAAACUCGAGGUAAAAGCCAAAAUAAAAUUAUAGUAAAUUUCUCAGAGGAUUUGGAACAUAUCGAAUCGGAUGGGUAUUCAGAUGUGGAGUAUCUAAGCAUAGAUAGCAUCGAGAAAAAUUACUUGGAAAACGAACCGGCAAAUGAAGUAAAAGAGAUAGAAAAGGAAGAAGAAUCUAUGUCAGAUGCAGAAUCCCAAGAAAAUAGUAAAGAAGAAACAGAAUCCGAAGAAAGUAGCGAGGAAGAAGUGGAAACAGAAUCAGAAGGAGAUGAUGAAACAGAGAGAAAUAAGCAGAAAGAAAAUAAAAUUGGAAAGGAUAGUAAAGUAAAUAAAUGUAAAAAAAAAUAUGUAAAAGCAUGCGAAUACAUCAAUAUGAUAAACACAAAUAAUAUAUGUGAUAAAUAUUUUAAUUUGGCAAACAACAGAAUAAAAUAUAUUUACAAAUGUAAUGAUCCUAUAAAAUAUUAUAUAAAUUAUUAUAAAGAUUUAAAAAAAUAUUCAGAAUCAAUAAAAUUCGAGAAAGAUAUUUCAACUAUUGUUUCUCAGAAUAGUAUGGAAUUAAAAUGUAACGAUUUUCAAGUUAAAGAAACAGACGAAAUGUAUGAGAAAAGAAAAAGAGAAUUAGAAAAAAAAUUAAAGAAAACAUUUGAAACUUUGAAGAUUAUACACAUAGAUGUAAUAAAAAACAGAUCAAUUAAUAAACUAUUCUAUAUUAAUAUGAUUAAAAAUAAUUUUUCUUAUUUUUUUAAAAAUAAUUUUUUCCCUUAUAAAUAUCAAAAGAGGAGAACCACAUUAGAAGGAAAUAUAGAAAAAGAAAACGAAGAAACAGAAAAAAAUAAUAAUAUUUAUGUUAAAAAUAGAGAAAUAAAUGAUAAAAUAAAGGAUGUAUUAAUAAUAGAAUUAAAAAGAAAAACAAAUUUAACAGAAUUAGAAUCGAAAAAUAUGAUUAAAAGUUGUAUAGAAGGGAAUAAGACAGUUGUAGAUAUAUCUGAAAAUAUGAAAAAUAAUAAAAACAAAAAUUAUAAAGAAGAAUAUGAAUAUUAUUAUAGAAAUUGGAAUGAAUUUUACAAACUAUGCCCAGUUUCAUAUAUUGAUGAAAAGAAAUUUAUAAAAGGAAAAAAAGGAUUUGAAGUGGUUUAUAAGAAUAAAAUAUAUAUUUUAGAAAGUUAUGAAAAAAUGAUUGAAUUUUUAAAAUUCCCUCAAUUUUAUUCUAAUAAAAAAAUAAAAGAAUCAAUUAAUUUUAAUAUCGUUAUUUAUUUUCCAAAUAUUUGGAUAAAAAAAAAAAUUUUGAAUUUCUUAAAUUCUUACGAAAAAAUAAUACAUAUAGAUGUAGAAGAAUAUUUUAAAAAUAUAUUCAAAUCAAAAAAUGAAAUGAGCAAAGAUAAUUUAGAUAUAUAUUUGUUCGAGUUUAAUGAUUUAUUAAAAGGAAAAACAAUAUCAGAUAUGCUUAUAGUUAGAUAUGUUUGUAUACAAAUGAAAAAGACAAAUAAUUUUAACAUGUAUAUAAUUAGAAAAAUUGUUGGAAAUUUGAAUUAUCUAAAAAAUGAAAUUAUAGAAUUAUUAGAGACAAAAAAUGAUUUAGAUUUUUGUGAAGAAGAAAAUAUUUUGAAUAAAUAUUCAGGGGAUGAAAAAAAUUGUGCAUCUACUUUGAGCACUAAUUCCAAUGAAUCAAACAAAUAUCUAUGUGAGAGUUUUGAAAAAAAAAAAAAAUUAAAAGAAAUUUCUACUAUUGCAAUAAAAAUAAGAUAUUUAUACAAUCUUCUAAUAAUUAAAAAAAAUGAAAAAAUGGAUCUACAUUUAAAAAAUUUAUUAGAUCCUAUUUUUAGCUCUGAAAAUCUAGAAUGUAUAAAUGAGGGGAUAGAUAAAUUUAGUCUACAUUUAAUCAAAACUUUUGAAAAGGAAAAAAACACUCAAAUGUGCAAUUCAGCACAGUUAGAUGUAAAAAGAGAAUCUAUGUCAAGUAUGAUAGAUGCAGAAGGUUCUGAUAAUAUUUUAUACAAAGACGAUAAUCAAACAAAUGAAUGUUCAACAAAUUUAAGAAGCAAAGAAAUAAUUUCUAAUAAUAAUUUUAUUAUAUCUGGAUUACCAUUAAAUACGAAUAUUUAUAAAUAUUUUAAAAAAAUGGAAAUAAAUAUAGAUAACAUUAUAGGGUUUGAUAUAAAGCGAAAGAAAAAAAAAGAUUUUAAAUGUGGAUUUGAAAGACAAGUAGUAAAACAAAAAAUAAAAAAAGACAGGCCAAUAAAUAAUCUGAACAAUUAUGAUAACAUGUAUUUAUAUAAUAGAAAUUAUAUUAAAAUGUUGAAUGAAAUAGAAACAAAAAAUUUUAAUCUGAAUAUUUUAAAUUUAGAAGAAGAAUAUAAUAGUGUUUAUGAAAAUCAUAAAUAUAGAUAUCUUGAUCAAAUUCAAAAAUUAGUAAAUCCAUAUAUCCAUAACUAUUUAAAUUAUAAUAAUGUAUUAAAAAAUGAUAAAUUAAUUGAUAAAAUAAAUAACUGUUAUAUAAAUAUGUAUUGUCCAUAUAUUUUAAAAAAAUAUAAUUGGUUAUAUAAAUCUAGAAAUAAUAUAAAAUUAAUGUAUAAUAAGAAAAUACACUUUUUAUCCAAUCCAUAUCAUUCUUUACUCUUUAUGAAAAAUAUUAAUUUUUAUUCUAAUAACUUUAAUACAGUACCACCAUUAAGAAUAUUAUUUUUAUCUGAUUAUGAAUCUAUUUUUGAGAAAGAAAUAAAUUAUAUUUCGUAUAUAUUUGGUCUGAAUAUUAUAAAUAUAGAAAAAGAAUUUUUAAUAAAUUUUACAUAUAUAUGCAUAUAUAUAUUAAAAUAUAUUUAUUUAUUUAAAUUGUCUAAAUUUAAUAAUAAAAAGAAACUCGAUUUUAACAUAUUGCCAAUUCAUAUUAUACCAUUUGAAAAAUUUGAAGAAGAAAUUUAUUUAAAUGAUGAGGAUAUUCAAUUUUUAGAAAACAACAUUAGUUAUUUUGACAAAGAAAUAUAUAAAAUUCAAUUAGUAGAUAUAAAAUAUGACGAAUAUAUAUUCGAUAUAUUGUUUGAUCAAAUAAAACCUUAUAAUGUUAUUAUAAACAUUUUAAAAAUUUUGACAACAAGAUUAAUAUUACAUGAAAAACUUGAAAACUGUCUUAUCACAUACUUAUAUGAUAAGAAAUCCGUUUUUAGUAUCACUUCAGGGGAAAAAAUGAAAAAUAUUUUGAAAUUGAUUUUAAUGGAUAUCAGAAAAAAUUCAUGUGGAUCUAAAUUAGAUGUAAAAAAUGAAACUAGUGAUAAGAAAAAUAUUCCCACAUCAAUAAAUGUUGCAUAUAAUAAAGAAAAUGAUAAAAUGGGGGAAGAAGCGGAUAAAAUCAAACUUGAUCAAAUUGAUAGAAAUAAAUUAAGUAAAGAUUGUGAAUAUGUAAACAAUCAAACAAAUGAGAUACAUUUUUCUAUGGAACGUUUUUAUGCCAUUACAAAUGCUAGCGAUGGCUUUUUAUCCUCAGAUAUGAAUAGUAGUGAUUCAGAAGAUAGUGAUUCUACAUACUAUUCUGAUGAUCCAUUUCCAUACAAAAAAGAUGUAAUAAGCAUAGAAAAAAGUGAAGAAAUAUUUUCCAAAAAAAAUGAAAAUAAGAUUUUAAAAAGUAAAUAUAAAUUUUUAGAGAAUAGAAUUUUAAAUAAUUUUGAAAAAGUUUUAAAAUAUUCUUAUCGGGUUCCUGAAUAUGUAAUAUAUUUGACAUGUGAUUAUGGAAAAAACUAUAAAAAGUUGAAAACCAAAAUAAAACAGUAUGAUAAAUUUUACCAGACAAAAGAAGAGGAGUGUAAAGAAGAGGAACAUGGUAAACAAAUUAUAAAUGAAAAGUUGAAUGUAAAGAAAGAAAAUAAAAUAAAUUUAGAUAAAAUAAAAAGAAUUUGUAAAAAAAACAAAAAAAUAGUUAAAUAUCUUGAAAGGAAUACAAACAUUUGGCAAAUAGAUAUAGGAAAGGUUCAUAUAAAAAAUGUUAGAAUAUCUAUCGAAAAUCGAUUAAAAGACAUGAUUAAAUAUAGAAAUAAUUUAUUUCAUCAAUUAAAUAUAAAAAGGGUUGAUAAAACAUGGGCAAAUUUUUUAAAAAAUAAUAAUUAUAUUAAGUUAUCAAGCUUUUAUUUUUACUCUCCUGUUAAUAUUGAUAGUAUUGUUAAUUUAGACACAAAUUAUUUACUUAUAUAUGACUCUUUUCUAUUUUAUUUUAGAACUGAAAAUGAAUUAAAUACAUUUUCAAAAAAUCCAAUUUAUUAUUUAAAUCAAAUAAAACCAUCUCCACACUUUAUUCUCCCAUUUAUAUUUAUAUAUACAAAUAUACAUGUUAAUGAUAUAUAUGAAUAUUUAAAAAAAAGUAAUAUUAAAUGUAAAAUAAUUAAUUUACAAAAUUUGUUAUCUUUUGGUUAUGAAAUAGAAAAAUAUAAAAAUCAAAUCGACCAAAACAACAUAAGUGAUGAAAUGAUAAUCGAAUUAAUACAAUUAAGAAGAAAUCAAUAUGAUGUUUUAACCCAUGGAUGUAUAUUAUAUAAUAUUCCAUUUAAUAAUAAACAAUUGGAUAGUUUUUUUAUAGGGAAAGAAAUUCCACAUUUAAUAUUUUUGAUACAAAAUAAAAAAGUGAAAAGAGAUAUUGAAUUAAAAAAAAAAAAAUCAAAUAGUUGCAUAUGUAAUGCUAAUUAUAAUGAGUCGAACGAAGUGUGUACACAUAUAUGUAAUUGCAUAAAUAUAGAUAAUAUCAAAUAUGAUGAAUUUAUAAAUAAUAUUGAAGAAAAAAUUCCUAAAAAAUAUAAUAAUGUUGUUUAUAUAGAAUAUAAUAAUAUGUGGAAAAUGAAAUAUGAAAUAGAAAACGCAAUCGAAGAAAAAAUAAAAAGUUAUCAAAGAUAUAAUAGAUAUAAAUACAAUAAAAAAGUUGCUUAUUUUAAGGGUUUUAAUAUAUAUGAAAAAGAAAAUUAUGAACAGGAAAUAAAAUUUAACAAAUAUUGUAUAGUUACAUAUAAAAAAAAAAAUAUUUUGGAAAAAUGCAACAUAUAUAAUAAUUAUACUGUCUAUUAUAAUGGUAACUACUAUUUGGUUAAUGCUUAUGAAGAUGUUUUAGAUUUUGAAAAAAAUCCAGAAACUUAUGUAGAUAUAGAAGAACCAUCUAAAAAGUUUGAAAAAAUUGUAAAUUUAGAAGAAAAUAUCAAAAUAGAGAAUGAAGGAUUUUGUCUGGUUAGCUUAAAAAAUGAAAAUAAUUUUGUUAAGGGAAAUAAAAAUUAUUGUAUAAAAUAUGAAAAUGCAUAUUAUUUAUUUGAAAAUAAAGAAAAAAUGGAAACAUUUGUUAACAAUUCUAAGGAUUAUUUAUAUAACCAAAAUAUGUUUGAUAUUAUCAUUGAAAAAAUUAAAUGCACAAAUGACAUUACUACUUUGGUUUAUCUUAAAACAUAUUUGUAUGACAUUAUAUGUCAUGGACUGUACGAAUUAGGAAAGUAUAGACCGCUAUAUCCUGGUUUAACUGGAAAAUUGAGUGCAAUACAUUUUUUAGCUUUUUUUUUUUAUAAAGAAAAUAAACAAUUUUCAACGUCUCUACGAAGAAAAUAUGAACAAAAAUUUAAAUCAUUUUUAAUGGAAUGUGAAAUACCAAUCAAUAUACAAAAAUUAAAAAAAAAAUUUGAAAAUAAAUCAACUCUUAAAAACCAAUCAAUCAAAAAAGCAACUAAGGAUUGGACAAAAAGAGACAUAGAGAAAUACGAAAAUUAUAUAAAUUUAUAUGAUAAAAUAUUAUUUUCCCAAAAAAAAAAAAUAAAUAAUUAA